CACACAAGGCAAACUGGCAAGUGGCAACGAGAAAGUCAGGAGAAACUAGUGGCUUUGCUCACCGGUCACAGGCGAGCUCCGCAAAAAAUCGCAUGGCGUUGCCGUUGCAGCACGCAAGUCCAGGUAGCUCCACACUGACCACCACCGGCCGUCAUGGCCGGAGCUCCGCAGCCGUCCUCCGUCGGCCACCGACGGAUUCUAGCAGCCGUUGGAGGGUGCACGCGCAGAAGCCCGCCGCGGGAUCCCGUGGCGCGGGAGCCGAGACGACGACCGCGACGUCGUCGUCGUCGUCCUCCCGCUCGGACAACGCCGUCCUCAAGGCCGCCUGGUACGGCUCGGAGCUCCUCGGCAUCGCCGCGUCGCUGUUCCGCCCCGCGCCGCCGCCGCCGCCGUCGUCUCCGGAGGGGGGCGCUGCCGGUGGCGGUGAUGCGGAGGGAGGCGCGGCGGCGGGGACGGCACUGGAUCGCGCGGGAGUGGUCGAGGCCGUCAAGGCGGACUUCGCGCGGUCCUAUUUCGUCACAGGGAAUCUGACGCUGAGAGCUUACGAGGAGGACUGCGAGUUCGCCGAUCCAGCGGGCUCCUUCAGAGGCCUGCGGCGAUUCAAACGGAACUGCACCAAUUUUGGGUCUCUGCUCGAGAAAUCCAACAUGAAGCUCACCAAAUGGGAGGACAUGGAGGACAAGUCAAUCGGGCACUGGCGUUUCAGCUGCGUCAUGUCGUUCCCGUGGAGGCCUAUCCUGUCAGCAACCGGGUACACGGAAUACUACUUCGAUGCUGAGUCAGGGAAGGUGUGCAGGCACGUCGAAAAUUGGAACGUUCCCAAGAUGGCGCUCCUUCGGCAGAUUUUCAGGCCGAGCCGAUGGGUCUGGGAGAAGCGCUAAAGCCUGCACGGGCCAGGUUUUUUUUUUCGGUGCAUGAUCAUCAGCAUCCUUAUGCUCCAAACCAAAUGCAUGUGCGUGUACGUAGAUUCGUAAAACACAGUAGGAAGGACACAGUAUAUAAAAAUAUGGAUUGUACAUGGACUUGGCCCACGUAACAGAGAAAGGGCCCAUGUUACACGGCCUAGAUUCUGUAACCUUCGGCCGCAUAGCUUCAUGGGCUUGGCCCAUGUUACACAGACUGGGCCUCCUAGGGUUUCUUCUCUCGACGUCUAUAUAAGCAGAAGCUGCGAAGGGGACAGGCGUUGGGUACUACUGCGGCGCCGGUGCCGACGGCAAUGGCGGCUGUCUCUCUUCCUCCGUUUUGUUUCACUCCAGUCCGCCUUGGGUCAAUUUAUCUCUCCCUCUGGAUUUAUUUGCGAUGUUCGAUUCCUUGUUGCAAUUUUUAUUUCUCUCUA